AUCUUUCUUUAAGCACAGUUCUGAAAAAAAAAAAUACUUUGACUUACACCUUCGCAAAAUCUCAAUAUCGCCUAGGGCAGCCAAUGGGCUAGAACCGGCCCUGCUGAGGCUACUGACUGUCAGUCGAGGAUCAUGCGAUGCCCAUGCAUUGGGGACGUUUCCAGCAGGUUGUCUUCUUCCUGCUUUGUGUGAGCCUCGUGCCCAAUGGAUUUGGAAAUUUCACCCUCGUUUUCCUGACUGAUGUGCCUAGUCAUCGCUGUGUGGUUCCUGGUAUCAACCUUACCGAAGACUGGAAUGCAACCAUCAUACCAAUAAAGGUGGUGAGUGGGGAACCGGAGCCGAGCAGAUGCAGCAGGUACAGGCUGGAUGUGGUCAGAAACCUCUCUGCUCAGGGAUUCAUUCCUGGCAGGGACGUCAACCUCACCGACCUGGAGCAGGAGGACUGUGUGGACGGGUGGAGCUACAGCAAAGACGUCUACCAGUCUACUCUGGUCUCCGAGUUCGACCUGGUGUGCAGUGAUGAGUGGAAGCAGCCGUUCACCGCCACAGUUUACUUCAUUGGAGUUCUUUUUGGAUCCUUCUUCUCAGGACAGCUGUCAGACCGGUUUGGAAGAAAGCCUGUGCUUUUUGCAACCAUGGCAGUUCAGACGUUUUUUUCCUUCAUUCAGGUCUUCGCUACUUCGUGGACUAUGUUCACUAUCCUCCUCUUCUUCAAUGGUUUAGGACAGAUGUCCAACUUUGUGGCUGCUUUAGUGCUGGGCUCUGAGAUCAUGACGGGCAAUGUGCGAAUCCUUUUCUCAUCGUUGGGCUCGUGUUUAGGCUUUGCCGUUGGCUACAUGAUUCUACCUCUUGUUGCUUACUUUUUGAGAGACUGGAAAUCUCUCACGUUGGCUUCGUCUUUGCCCGGCCUACUUUACCUCCCUCUCUGGUCGUUUAUCCCAGAGUCUCCUCGCUGGCUGCUCUCUCAGGGAAAAGUGGAGGAGGCUGAGGCCAUUUUGAGAAAGGCUGCUAAGUGGAACAAAGUUAAGGUUCCAAAUAUCAUCUUCCAAGAUUACAGUGGUAAUGAGAAAAAGCCAGAGCCUAAAGAAAAAGCCAAUGUCACCGUCCUGCUGAGGAACGGCAGCAUCAGAACCACAACACUUGUUUUCUGCUUUGUUUUCUUCACUUCAUCUACAGGAUACUAUGGCCUGUCCCUGAACACAGCUCAGCUUCAUGCUGACCCCUUCAUCAGCUGCUUCAUCUCAGCGGCUGUAGAAGUACCAGCAUACAUUUCUAGCUGGCUGAUUCUGCGAUACUUCCGCCGACCGUCUGUCAUCUCUACCUUGCUUCUUGGAGCAGUGUCGCUUUACCUCAUCCUACUACUGCCUCAAAGUCUAUCAAAUCUCUAUAUUGCACUGGAGAUGUUUGGUAAAUAUGCUUUUACCACUACUUUCUCUCUGAUGUUUACAUACAUGACAGAGCUUUACCCAACAGUGCUCAGGAACACAGCAACAGGGACGUGCAUUACUGUUUCCAGAGUGGGAACAAGCUUAGCACCUUUUUUAAUAAAGCUGGAUACAUACAUAUUGUGUCUUCCUUAUAUAAUAAUGGGGACUCUGGCUGUUUUGUCGGCCAUCGCUGCUCUUUUCCUGCCGGAGAGUUUUAGACAACCUCUACCUGAAACUGUCCAACAGAUGCAUGAGAGAGCAAGGUUGAAGUUUCCAUGCACUGGAAAAGAAACCCCAAUACCACUGGAACAUUUUGACGGUCCACUUUGACACUCUAGCACUUCAAUGAUGAUGGUGAUAUGUUAAUAUCGCUUUGGAAUUAUAUCAGUAGCCUACUGUUAAAAUGUUUCAUGUUUAAAAUAAUUUUAGUUAAUUUAGUUCGAAUUCCCCUUGUUUGAAACUAUUUAAAAAAUCACUCUUCUCUGUUCCAAAACAUCUAUUGUGUAACUGAAUUGGUGGAAUGAAAUCAUGGAGUUGAGUUGUACUUGUGGCAAUGUAUGAGGAUUUUUUUUUUUUGUCCUUUGUCUUCUUCAUAUAUGCAUGCAUUACAUUUGUUACCUUAAAAGGGAAAGAUCAAUGGUCACACUAAGCUGACAAUACAAGUUUACAAUAAAAGCAAAUCUCACAGGUCAAAUAACA